AUGGAUUUUAAGACUGGUGAAUCUUCAAAAUCUCUUAUCGAACCAUCCAAAUCUACUGUUGAACAACCUACUGAAAAUAAAUCUGACGAAAAGGUUGUGGAAGCUGAUCAUAUCCUUGAAGCUGAUGUGAUUAAUAUGAUGAAUACUGAUGAUUCAGUAAAUGAUGGUGCUUUACAAUUUCCUGAAGUGAACAAUGAGAACAUUGAUUCAUUUGAUAUAGGAAAUUUGGUGAACAAUGUUGCAAAAAUGAAGGUCACUGAAAAAUUAGCUUUUUUAAAUUCUGUUUGGAUGCCUGAUGAAAACUUUCAUUACCCAACCUCAAAUCGACGUUUCAUUCAUUCUUGGUUGACUUCUUAUCCAUGGUUAUGUUACUCAAAAAUCCAUGAUGGGGCAUUUUGCAUAAAUUGUGUGAUGUUCCAUAAUAACUCACAAAAUGUUGGGAAAAUGGAAAAAUUGUGCAAGGAACCAUUAAGAGAUUGGAAAAAUGCGAAGGCUUUACUUGAAAAACACCACCAUAAAUCUCCACAUCAUAAAAAGUCUGUUGUAGAUACAGCAAAUUUUAAAGCUACAAUGGCAUCAACAGACACCAGAAUUGAUAGGCAGCUCAACAAUAUUGUGCAUGUACAAAUUACGAAAAAUCGUGUUGUAUUGAACUCAUUGUUCAAGAUUCUCAUUACAAUGGCUCAACAAUGUAUUUCGUUAAGAGGUCGUGAUGAGACAGAUCCAACUGCACAAUUUCAAUCUAAAGAGAAUGUAAUGAGCAAUUUGAAUCCUGGUAAUUUUCUGGCUUUUGUGAAACUAGCAGUAGAGUUGGAAUGCCCUUCUUUGAAGGAACACAUGAGUAACUGUGCCAAAAAUGCUACUUAUUUGUCAAAAACUAUUCAAAAUGAACUCCUAUCUCUUAUUGCAAAAAACAUUGUCACCCAAGUAGUUGCACAAAUAAAACGAUCUAAAUAUUUCUCUGUUCUUGGCGAUGAGGCAGUAGAUAUAAGCAACAAAGAACAGAUGCCAGUUGUGUUGCGAUAUAUUGACAGUAAAGAUGAAAUUAGAGAGACAUUUUUAAAGAUGGCAGAAUGUAAACUUGGUUGUUCUGGUAAAGGGCUGUCAAAUACUAUAGUUGAUGCUGUGGAGCAAAACAACUUGGACAUGAAUGAAUGUAGGGGACAAGGCUAUGACGGAGCAGGUGCAAUGGCUGGAAAAUGUUCAGGAGCAUCCACAUUGAUUAAGAACAAAUUCCCCAAAGCCAUUUAUGUUCAUUGUGCAUCUCACAGGUUGAACCUAUGCGUUGCAGCUGGCUGUAAGCUCCCCAUGGUUGCUGAUAUGAUGUCACAGUUUCAAGCAGUGGCAUUGUUUUUUUACUGUUCGCCUGUCAGAACUCAUGUCCUAAAAGGUGUCAUAGAGGCUGUGUCACCUGAGAUUGUCCAUUCAGUAGUUUUGAAUAUUUGUCGUACAAGAUGGGUAGCCAGGCUGGAUGGACUUGACUCUUUCUGUGAUUUAUUACCAUCUGUCAUGCUCACUUUGGAGAAAAUCACAGAAAAUAGAGACAAAUCCUUCAGUCGUAGUAACAUGGAUGCUGCAAGACCACUCCUUCUAGGCAUAUGUCAGUUUGAAUUCAUUACUGUGUUGGUAAUUGUUCAAAAGGUUUUGGGUUACACUCGUGGUCUCACUGUGAAAUUACAGAGUAUUGAAUCUGAUCUUGUUAAAACAUCAAGUAACGUGCUUUUGUUGAAACGAACACUGCAAGUGAUCAGAUCAGAUAUUGACACCCAUUUUAAUAAGUGGUAUGAAAAAGUUCUAUCUUUAGCUACUGAGCUUGAUGUUGUGGAAUCAAUGAAACGUCGAUGCAGCAUCCAGUUGUAUCGAGAGAACUAUGUUGCCAAUGGAGUGAAAGAGUACUACAAAUUGGCUGUUGCUAUUCCCUUCAUCGAUCAUAUAUUGCAAGAACUGGACACUAGAUUUUCUAUUGACAAUCUCAGUGUCUACUCUGGUUUCAGCAUCAUGCCAACUACCAUUCUUUCAGAUGUGGGUCGUGUUCUUGUGGGAGACCAACCAACAUGGAAAGUUGAAUUUUCUAAAUUUAUUCAGAGAUAUCGUGAUGAUAUUCCUGCUCUGAGUAACUUGUACGCACAGUUAGAUAUGUGGAAAGUUAAGUGGAGAACAUUCACCGGAGUGUUACCUACCACAUUGCAAGGUCUGUUAAAACACACUGACAAACUUUUAUUCCCAUCGAUACAUGAAGCGAUACGAAUUCUAGCUACUAUACCUGUCACUACUUGCACAUGUGAGAGGAGUAUUUCAGGUUUACGUCGUGUGAAGACAUGGAUGAGGAAUACAAUGACAGAGGAAAGAUUGAACAGUCUCUGUGUUAUAAUGUUCAAUCGAGAUGUGACUGUUGAUUUAGAUCAAGUUGUAGAUGAAUUUGCAGCUGCUAACAAACUUAAAAAUUCACAAUUGGAAAAUGAAAGAAGUUCAAAUACUCAAACAAUGGAAACAAAAGUUCAACGAAGACUGUCAAAGAGCCAUUUGAGGCAUUUAGAGGGCUCUAAAAGCGUUGGCUUCCAGGGCUCCGCCCUGGACCCUUUGGGGGACUCACAACGCCCCCCAAACCCCGAGUUGUUCUGGAUUGCGCCCGAUAGGGCGCAAUGCAACGCCCCGUUGGGGCGUUUAACCUUAACAACAUUAGCCGGGCAUUCACGUAUGCUUUGUGAAUACAAUAUUCUUGCGACAGAAUUUUAUUCCGGUGAAGAUCUCGAUGCUACUUUCCGCCGAACGCCAAUGACACUCGUCUGA